AUGAUUAAGUGUGAACAACAACGAGUAGAAGAAAAUAAUUGGGUUAUUGAGUUGCUUCAUGAUCGUGGCACACAUAACCACACAUUGAUUGUAUAUCCCGAGGGUCACCGUGGUGUUAGUGGUCUUAGUCAGGGUGCAAAGGAAGUUGUUCGCGAGAUGAACGAUGCACAAGCUAAGCCAAAAAAUAUUAUGGUGGCCAUUAAAAACAAGUUUCCAGAUGAACAUCCCAACAUGAGACACAUUUACAACUUCAAAGAAAAGAUGAGACGAGAAGGUUCAGAAGGAAGAAACGUUGUUGAGCAGAUGUUGCAUCUAGCCAGAGAGCACGACUACAUAAACUGGGUCUCAUGCAGUGACCGUACGAGUAAAGUCAUAAGCCGCGCAUUCUUAGGUCACCCUGCAAUGGUGGAGGUGUUACGCACAUAUCCACUGGUUAUUGGUUUGUAUUCGACGUACAAGACUAACAGAUAUGGAUUUCCUUUCUUGGAGAUUGUUGGUGUGACACCGACAAAUCAGAAUUUCCUAAUCGCCUAUGCAUUUAUGAAAGACGAGACUGCAGCGAGCUACCGGCCGUUGGGUGUUACAGAAGUUGUAGCGAUAAAAUUGUACACUUAUUUUUGA